GUUUAUGCUCCGACCUGCAAUUCAUCCUUUUUUGGACCAGAAAUAGUGCCCAUCCGUUGUCCGACCGUUUCAACGGCUCCUCAUCGCUUUUCAGCCUCGACGCUGCCAGUCGACCCCGUCGCCGGCGUCCUCAACCCGGCGCCCGACGAGAACUCGAACUGCCCGACGCCUCAAGAAGACGCCGUCUCACGUACCGGUCCGUCAGGCCAGUCGUCCGUCUCCAGGGCGACAGGGUCCGGUGCCACUGAGACAGUCGGCACCGGCAAUCGACCGGGAGGCCCAGCGACUGGCAGUGCCUGGGGCCGGUGUGGACCGGCCAAAGUGACCGGUCGCGGCGGCCCUCGGCACCACUUGGCCGGAUCCGUGGCUACGGUCGUCAUGAACGCAAUCAAUGCCUCUUUCUCGUCGCCCACGGCUCCGGCCGAGACAGGCUCGUCCUCGCAAUUGGACAAGCAUCGUACAAGCCACACUUCGGCCGGCAAAUGCCACGUCCUGGACACCGCCAGUCUGUCCGGCGGACUGGCCUGGCGAGUGUCGGGCUCUUCUGGCCUGCUGGUACAGCAGACCUCGGGUCCAUGUGCUGGCUCUUGCUCUGGCCAACCCGCUCUCGCCAGCGUCACGGCCAACCCCUACGGCAUCGAGCUCUCCUGCGGUUUCGGUACCACCAGCUCUUCGCUCGCCAGCAAGCAGCUCCAUCUGCCACCGAUUCAGCCCGUCGUCGGCUGGGCCAAUCUACGCAGCCAUGCAGAGGCAAUUGGUGAGGCCCGGCUUCUGCACUCAGUUUCACCUCUCGCAAUUUGGCGUCAAGCUUUACUCAAGGUCUACUCACUAGGAUUAUAA